AUGACUGGAACUACCUCUGACCAUGGAGGCUUGUACUACAUUGAGCUGAUCAAGUCCAACCUCCAGUUCAUCCACGGCAAGGAAUGCUUCUUCGAGGUUCUCUCGCAGGUCAAGGCCCCCGACCAGUGGAAAGUCAGCGUCCUCAAGACCGAGGGUGGUUUCCGGACCGUCCUCUUCUCUGAUUCGGGUGUCGGCCUCCUCAAUGUGCUGGAGAAGCUGCACCGCAAGUCGGCCGAGAAGCUGGACAAGUUCAUGGCGGACAAUACCGCCGACGCCUACGCGUACGUGAAGCGCAAGGAGGGCGAAGCGGCCAAGGCUGCCAAGGUUUCGUCUAGCAAAGACCAGGCGAAGGAGACCAAAGAGGUCAAGGAGACGAAGGAGAAGACGCCGCCCAAGACUCCGGUUCCUGAGGCGGCAGUUGAGCCUCGGGAUCCUCGCAUCUCGAGCAACUCGGAUUCCGACAGUUCGGAUGAUUUUGGCCCGGAUAGUGCCAGCGUGUUUGUGAAAAGCCGCAGGGGACAGGGCAUGUGGCGUGAUAGGAGCAUAUUUGAUGAGCCUAUUUCAAUCAGGUGCGAUCCCAGCCUUCGCUCGAGAAGCCUCCUUUGUCCCAACUAUGGGCCGGCGAGCUCCUUCUACCGCAUAUCUCCCAGUGGUCGUCCGGAGGCCCUUGACGAGAUUGCGAUUCGCGGCCUUCUCAAGGCCGAUCGCGAGUUGAGGAGGAAAGAGAGGCGCGAGGAACAGGCCGCAAAGGAGGCUGCAAAGACGGCUUCUGCUCCAGCUGUUGCCCCAGCUCAAGCUGCUGCUCCGGCUCCUGUGCCUGCGCCUGACACUACCAAGACUCAGGCUCAACCUCAGGUCGCCUUUGCAACCGAAUCGCAGAUGACCAACGACCUUGAGCGCUUGGCUCUGCGAAGUCGCGCUCAGAAACACCGCGCGGAGCCUCUGCCGGCCCCCAAGAACGUGCUUGUUCACAUCCGCUGGCCGGAAUUCGGCGACGCGGUGGUGGCUGAUGAGUGCCAGCUCAGCGUGAAAGAGGUGCAGAGCCACGUACGAGGCAUGCUGAAAUCGCAUGGCUCGGACCUGUUUAACCUUACCAGACCUGUCAACCCUCUUAUGUUUAUGAGCAAUCAGCUGGCCAACUUUAGCGUGGCUGUCAAGGCCAUCAACUUUGAUGAUCAGAGGUUCAUGUUGGGGCCAAAGGUUGGGGAUGAUUUGACCAAGGUUUCCAAGGACGUGGAGAGCUGCAAGGCGAUUAAGAUUGAGGUUGAGGUGAAGUAUAUCUUGUGA